UAUAAGGAGCUUCGCGAACCCCAGAAUACAUAUUAAGUUAUUAUCUGGAUGUUAUUUCUCCGAUCGCCAUUCGUCGCUUGGCUCAAACAUGCAAUUUAUUGCGGCAAUAUUUUGCAUGCUUCUCGCCGUUCUCGGCUUCAAAUCGUUACACCUCUUCGCGACGUCCAAUGGAUUGUUAGGACACCUGGAGCGCAUAAUCACGAAUAAGUCCACCCCGGCAGGAAAACCUCUACGUAAUUUGACCACUGGCGGCCGUUUCCCACGGAUCGAUCUUCAACUCAAUGCGGUUGCGACGUUCCUUUUACUCUCUUGUGAAGAUUACUCAGAGCUAGAUGUGAAUCUUGUAGGCUUCUGGUUUGAUCUAUCAUGGGGUCCUUCGUGGAUUCUGAUUGUAUUGGAGAGUUUCAGGGAGUACAGUCGAAGCCGACUGAUGUCUUGGAUCGCAAUCCCGGGACUCUUCAUCUUCAAUCAGUCACACGCUAUAUUUACUUCUCUUUACCUGGCAAUCAGAUUAAUCGUUGCAGUUCCGGCGACCACAGAAGAAAGUCUGAUGAUUGAUGCCAUCCACGUCCAUGCGAUUCCCUGGAGCUUCUUAUUAGGUUAUAUCCUGCCAAUAUCUCUCAUGGCGCUGCCUGGAGUGACCAUUUAUAAUCUUAACACACAACACACGCUCGCAUCGUUCUAUCAGCAGUGGCAUCUUUACAUUAGUUUGGUCCAUGCUCUGCUGGUGACAUUAUGGACCCAUACAGGAUCGAUGGGCAGAUUUGAAGACGAAGAUUCCAAGACCUCAUUAUCCACAGUCAGGCCAGUUUACGUUCUAGCCUUCACCAUGGCUGUCAUCUCAGUUUGGGGUCCGAUCCUUGUCUCCUUGACCAUCCGUGCAUUGCAUCGGAUCCGCAAAGCACGUCCGUCUAGCUACAAGAAUCUCCAGCUUUCCAGUAUAUUCAUACCACCUUCUCCAUGGAGCAACUUGAAGUGCAAAAAUGCUUUUGAGGGAGGAAAAUGGCUUCUUCAAUGGGACGGUAUAGUUGGAGGACUCAGUUCCGCAGUUUGGGCAGUCGCCUUGUACGCUGAAGCUCGCAGUGCGGUCGAGCCACAGGAGGCGUUAGGGUCAUUUUGCACGAGGCUCAUGUGGUAUAUGGUUUUAGGCGGGCCUAUAGGUGUUGCGACAGGAGCCUUAUGGGAAAGAGACAUGCUGGUUUUGCAACGGAUCUGAAAUUUUGGUGGCUUAAAACACUGAGCAAACGGUUUCCGUAUAUCCG